UUUUAUUUAUAAAAUGAGUUCUUACUCCUACAAUCGCAGCCAGUACGAUCCUAGUGGGAUCAAGUCCAAAGUCAACCACCACGAGUUCUUAGAAGUGAGGGAUGGCGCAGACGAAUACGCUGCUUUUGACCUGGAAAGAUUCAAGGGCGAUCUCAUGGACAAGUUCAUUAGAGACACUGAAGAUAUUGCCAACGAGAAUGAUAGGAUCAAGACUGAUGCUAUUACUAGGAUAGAGGAGUAUGAAAGGAAUAACCUCAAUGAUAGAGAUUUUGAACUAGGUGAAGGCAACAUGGCCUUUCAGAGAAGAACCAUUUCGGAGAAAGUUACAGGUGCUAAUAAGGAGUUUGAUAUCGCCACUAAGGAAUCAGCCAGUGAGAAAAGAAGGCUUAGGGAAGACAUGGCUGAUUUGGAAGAUGCACUGAGGAAGGUGAGAGAUCAACUUGCUGAGACUGAACUGGAAAAUCAAAAUUUUCAGACUAUUAUUGAUGCUUUUGAAGAUAUCCAAAACCAACAAAGAUCUGCUGAAAUGAACGCUGUGAGAACAGUCAAUACUGAUCUUAAGGACCAAAUUGCUAAGCUUGAACACGAGCUAAACUUUGCUGGAGGAGCUACAGACACCCUCAACAUGAAAUUCGGUCUUGAAGAGAAGUACUCCAGUGCAAAAGGUGACUUUGAAAACUUCAUCUCUGAGGCUGAGGAAGGAAAGAAGAGAAUUGAGGAUGAACUUGCUAAUCUUAGACAUAAAAUCUCCCAGAAGAAAAACGAAAAUAAUAUUCUUCAUAAGAAUGUAAAUGAUAACGAAAGUCAGAUUAAUAAAUUGAAUGAUGAAAUCACUCGUCUCUCAAAAGAUAUCGAGCAACUCAAGAGAAAGAACGAGGAUAACAUAAGAUCUUUGGAAGGUGAUAGAAGCAGAGCUGAGGAUGACCUGAUUGACGCUAAUAGGAAGGCAGCUGACCUCAAGCAUGAAAUCGCUAAGCUCAAGAUUCUCGUUGAAAAGACAAGAAAUGAAAUCGAUUACUUGACAAGUGAGAAGGAUAAAGCCAGAGGUCAAGGAUACCAACGUAAGAUCGAUGAAUUCAAUAAUGUUAUCACUGAAUCUGAGAGAAGGACCAAGAAGCUCAAGGAUGAGCUUGGCACAUUAAAUAACGAAUGGAAAGACAAGGUUUCCAGAACCUCCAAGCUUGCUUCUAGCUCCAUCGGCAGAGGUGAAGGAGAAGAAGUUGCUAAAAGAAUUAGACUUCUUACCACUGAAUUGAAUAACAAGAAUAGAGAACUUGAGGAUCUCAGGUCCCAGAAGAGCGCCCUUGAAAGAGAAGUUGCUGAUGACGGAAGUGGCCUUGAUGAGAAAAUUAACAGACAAAGAGACCAGUUAGACGAGCUCAAUAGAAAAUAUCUCGCUUCCUUGGAAGAAAAGAACGGCAUUAACGAAGAACUUACCGAGCAAGUGAGAAAAUUGUUAGACUUGAACUUUGUGAUCCAGAAGAACUCUGAGCAGAUCGCCAUUGCCAAGCAAGAGAUUGAGUUCCUCAGGAAGGAAAUCGAGCAGAAGAGCAAGCUUGUUGGUGACCUUGAAUAUGAAAUUGAACAGAGAAGAAACCUCAUCAUUGACUUGAGAGAAGAAAUUGCCGAGAAGAACCUUAUUGUUGACGAACUUGAACAACCUAGAGAUGAGAUCGAGACCAUCGAGAUGUUGAUCAGAGAGAAAGACGAGAUAAUUAGAGAACUAGAGGCCCAGGUGAGAAACAAGUCUAAGUACAACUAGGCCUCUUUUGUAUCACAAUUUGGGUCUGAGCCUGUAGAAUCCCUGUUUCCCAAAUUUAUCAAUAGUUAGUGUU